CUCUUUUUAUUUUCCUUUUCUCGCUAAGAAAAAAAAUAAUACAGCUUUGCUAAACCCAAUCAUGGCGACUCCGGCACCAGCACCACAACAACAACUCAACGACGAAGCCAACGAUGAGAACGUUCAAUUCUUUCAAGAAUUCCUUGACAGUGAGAACGUCCAAGGCGCCAGAGAACACGGCAGCUAUCGAUCCCAGAUUAGCGGCAUGUUGGCCACCGGUCAGCGUCGUCUGAUUAUCAGCAUCGAUGCUCUCCGUCAUUACAAUCGCCCAAUGACCGAUAAUUUGCUGAAUUCACCAAGCGAAUACAUUACCGCAUUCGAGAAGGCAUUGAAAAACCUUGUCGAUACUGUGCACGAUCCAACCUUACAUAAUGUUCAAGAUCAACCUUUCUAUAUCGGCUUCCGCGGCAGCUUUGGUGACAACCACGUUAACCCACGUACCCUUCGCUCCAUGUACCUUGGCAAACUGGUUUGCAUUGAAGGCAUUGUCACAAGAUGCUCAUUGGUGCGGCCCAAGGUGGUGCAGUCAAUCCACUACUCUGAAAAGACCAAAAAGCAUUUCGCACGCGAAUAUCGGGAUGCUAUCACACCUGGAAACCCUAUUCCAACGGGUGCAGUCUACCCAACAGAAGAUGACAACGGCAACCCACUUGUCACUGAAUUUGGUUUCAGCACAUACCGCGAUCAUCAAACAAUCAGUAUUCAAGAAAUGCCUGAGCGUGCACCGGCUGGUCAAUUGCCUCGUUCCGUUGACGUUGUUCUGGAUGAUGAUUUGGUCGAUAGAGCAAAGCCUGGUGAUCGUGUCAGCAUUGUUGGUAUCUACCGCUCGCUCGGUAACAGAAAUGCAAACCAGACCAGCUCCACUUUCCGUACUGUCAUUCUGUGUAACGAUAUUAGCUUGUUGAGCACCAAAGCUGGUGGUGGCAUCGCUUCGCCCACUAUUACGGACCAGGAUAUUCGUCAUAUCCAUCAGCUCGCUAAGAAGAGAAACAUUUUUGAUGUCCUCUCUCAAUCAUUGGCUCCUUCGAUUUGGGGUCAUGAGCAUAUCAAAAAGGCAGUGUUGAUGAUGUUGCUGGGUGGUGUUGAAAAGAACUUGGACAAUGGCACUCACAUCAGAGGUGAUAUCAAUUUGCUGAUGGUUGGUGAUCCUUCCACUGCCAAGUCCCAGAUCUUGCGUUAUGUUCUUGGCAUUGCUCCUCUUGCUAUUGCAACGACUGGUCGUGGUUCAUCUGGUGUUGGUUUAACAGCUGCUGUGACAUCCGAUAAAGAAACUGGCGAACGUAAAUUGGAAGCCGGUGCAAUGGUGCUUGCUGACAGAGGUGUUGUGUGUAUCGAUGAAUUUGACAAGAUGAGCGACAUUGAUCGUGUCGCUAUUCACGAGGUCAUGGAACAGCAGACUGUGACCGUCGCCAAGGCCGGUAUCCACACAUCUUUGAAUGCACGAUGCAGUGUCGUUGCUGCUGCUAAUCCUAUCUAUGGCCAAUACGACUUGUCAAAGGAUCCAGCAAAGAACAUUGCAUUGCCCGACUCGCUACUGUCUCGUUUCGAUUUGCUCUUUGUUGUAACGGAUACGAUGGAAGAAUCGCGCGAUAGAAUGAUCUCGGAACACGUACUGGGUAUGCAUCGAUUCAUCCCAGCUGGUCUCGAAGAAGGUGCACCUAUCCGAGAGCAGAUAGAUGAAAUCAUGGAUACGGACGCCAACGAGCAAGACGCAAAUGACGAAGAUAUUUACGAGAAGUUCAACCGUCUGCUCCAUGCCAACGUUCAACAACAAAACUCUGGAAACGCCAGACCCAAAAUCCUCAAAUCUACUUUCCUCAAAAAAUAUCUGUUCUAUGCAAAGAACCGCAUCACUCCUACCCUCACAAAACGCGCCACCGAUACAAUUAUCAACGAAUACACAUCUCUUCGUAAUGACAAGGACGAAGAUUCUCGAAAAAAGACUGCGCCUAUCACUGCCCGUACCCUCGAAACUCUUAUUCGUCUUUCCACUGCACACGCAAAGGCACGAUUGAGCAACAAAAUUGAGGAUAAGGACGCCAAGGCAGCAGCGGAAGUAUUACGGGUAGCGAUGUUCAAAGAAGUUGUGCGCAAGACAAAGGCUAAGCGAAGAAAGACCGUCGCCACUUCAGAUAAUGAAGAAUCCGAAGACGAAGCAAGCGAUUCAGAAAUGGAAGAAGAGGAAGAAGAAUCCCAACACAUGGGAACUCGGCGGUCCAACCAAGAACAUGUGGAUGAAGAUACCGCAAUGGAUGUGGAUGAGGAUGAACUGACUGAAGCAAGAUUCCAACUCUUCCAAAGUAAGAUGAACCAAAUUGAUCUAAGUGAAGGUUUACCUUUUGAAGAAGUAUUUGGUCAAAUCAACCAGCUGGUAUCCGGCCAAGACUUCAGCUUAAUUGAGACCAGAAGGGCACUGGACAGAAUGUCUACUGAUAACAAAGUCAUGAUCAGCGAUGGCACCGUCUAUCGUAUCUAAACGCAUCUUUUCUUUCCAUUUUUUACUCCCCUACUCCUUUUUUUUUCUUUGAACUUGGCAUGAAAAAGAAUAUGUAAUUAGCUAAUUCAGUAAAAAUAAAAACACCAAGCACGCACACACC